AUGCCAAGAUAUUGGCGUUGGGAUUCACAUGGGGAGAGUCCAUUCACUCCAAGCAACAGAAAUGCAGAUGGAGGGAAUGACGAGGGUACACAUAGUCAGCCGCUAGAUGUUGAACCACUAAGAAAUGCAUAUGAAUCUAUGGUUAUUGAUGCUCUUGGCCCAGAAAUUGUGAACCAACUUGAAAGACACGUAGAGGAAUCUCCAAAUAGGGAAGCACAACAGUUCUAUGAUUUGUUGCACUCUGCACAACGACCGCUAUGGGAAGGUUGUGUUUCCCACUCAGAAUUAUCUAUGGCGGUUAGACUGUUGUCUAUUAAAGCGGAAGGGAAUAUAUCGCAACAAAGCUUUAAUAAUAUUCUUCAAGCUAUGAAGGAAGGUAUGCCUAAGGAUAACUUGGUUGUCCCUGAUUUUUAUAGAGCAAAGAAGUUGGUUUCAAAACUUGGAAUGGGAUGUGAAAAAAUAGACUGUUGCAUUAAUGGUUGUAUGUUGUACUACAAAGAUGACCUUAUGGAAAAAGAGUGUCAUUUUUGCCAAGCUCCAAGGUACAAGGUAGGUAAAGGUGGUAAGGAGAUACCUUUCAACAGAAUGCAUUAUCUACCACUCACACCUAGAUUAAAGAGAUUAUAUGCCUCCAAAAACUCUGCACGUCAUAUGAGAUGGCACUCUGAGCACCAACAAGUUGAAGGUGUUCUUGAACACCCUUCUGAUGCAGAAGCGUGGAAGCAUUUUGAUCAAACAUAUCCACAAUUUUCUUCUGAAACUCGAAAUGUGAGACUUGGAUUAUGUGCCGAUGGAUUCACUCCUUUUGGUCAAUCUGGUAAACAAUAUUCAUGUUGGCCAAUAAUUGUGACUCCCUACAAUCUUCCUCCUUGGAUGUGUAUGACAACUCCAUAUAUGUUCUUAACCAUGAUCAUUCCUGGUCCUCGUAACCCUAAAGCAAAGAUAGAUGUGUAUUUGCAACCUUUGAUUGAUGAGCUAAAGUUUUUGUGGGAAGAAGGUGCUUUGACUUAUGACAUUUCUAGAAAGCAAAAUUUUGUAAUGAGAGCUGCAUUAAUGUGGACAGUUAACGAUUUUCCUGCAUAUGGAAUGCUAUCGGGAUGGAUGACAGCAGGGAAAUUAGCAUGCCCAUAUUGUAUGGAACAUUCAAAGGCAUUCUACUUGAAGAAUGGUGGCAAGACAUCAUGGUUCGAUUGCCAUAGACAAUUCUUGCCAAAUGAUCACAUGUUUCGAAGAAAUAAGGAUUCAUUUUAUAAAGAUAGAGUUGAUAGAUCAGAACCUCCUCCAAGGUUGACAGGGGAGCAAAUGUGGAAUAAAGUUCAUAUGAAUCCUAGGAUAAUAGACUUCAUGGAAGUUCAAAUACCAGGUUAUAAGACUGAGCAUAACUGGACAAAGCGAAGUGUAUUUUGGGAUUUGCCUUAUUGGAGCACUAAUUUGAUUCGUCAUAAUCUUGAUGUUAUGCACAUUGAAAAAAAUGUGUUUGAUAAUGUCUUUAAUACUGUUAUGGACAUAAAAGGCAAGACUAAAGAUAAUUUAAAGGCAAGAAUGGACUUGAAAGAGUAUUGCAACCGUAGGGAUUUGGAGCUAAAAGAACAAAAUAAUGGAAAGAUCAUAAAGCCCAAAGCAAACUACACAUUUAAUCUAGAACAAAAAAGGGCAAUUUGUGAAUGGGUGAAGGGUUUAAAGAUGCCAGAUGGAUAUGCUUCAAACUUGGCCAGAUGCGUUGAUAUGAAGGAAGGAAAGCUACAUGGAAUGAAAAUUCGUUACCGGAUAAAAUAUGGACGACUUUAA